GUAAUGUAUAUACCUAUCUACUCACAUACCCUAACAUUAAAGAACGAAAAAAAAUUUUUAUGAUGGACCGUUGGAUGAAUAAGUCAGAGAAGAACAACAUUAUGACAGAAUAAUCUGUGGACUGAUUUGUAUACUCUGUGAUCAAUUAUUUUAAGGUUAGAUUUAUCGAAGCAUAAUUUAUUGCGUUUUAAAAAUUGACUACUUGUCUUGUGAACUGUUGUCUCAAUGUUUUCAAGUUUAUUUGUAAUUACUGAGGAAUAACCUCAACAUUUUUGGCCCUGAUGAUGGAAACAAAGUUUUCCGAAAGCUAGGCAAGAAAUAAAGAGUAUUUAAAUCUACCUCGCUUCAGUCGAUAUCCCUUAAAAUUGCAGACAUUUAUAGUACGACUGUUAACUAAUCAAAUAUAUCACAAAAUGGGAUUUUAUCAUGACAUCGCCACAACUUAUGGACAAGAAGAGGCAACAAGACUUAAAAGGUGGAGCUCAAAUAAUAUCAAGCUGGCAUCUGCCCGAAAUAGGAGAAUAUUCCUGUUGGAGUGUAAGAGAAGAAAUCUGGUACCUAAUCAUAUAAAUCACAGCAUUAAAAGUGUUCAGAAGCUUUUUGAAAUUGAAGGAGGGAAAAAACUAAAUAAGAAAAUCGAUAAUUUCAACAACAAGUUAACUAGUUCUAUCUCACGCUUGGAGGUUAAUCAUGUAAACUUAAGAAUCAGUCAUUUAGAAACAGCUAAUGAGGAUAUUAUGAGGAUGUUAAAGGACAUCAUGUCACGAGAAUUGUUAAUGGAGUUUAAGAAAAGACAGAGAAUUCUAUACAACAAACGAUUCCAUAUAAUAAAACUGACAAACAUCAAAAAGAUUGGAAAACUGGAAGAGAUGAAUAAGCCAAAUUGGAAGAAUCAAGAAAAAUGGUUUAGGAAUCUGUCGUCAAUACAGAUUCCUAAAGAAAUAGAAAAUUUUCUAUCGUUAGGAUCGAAGUUCAGCAUGGCUGUACCUGUAGGGGAGAUAUCGAUGGACAAUCUCAUUGCCGAUGUGGAAGAUAUUAUUCAAAAGACAACUGAGAAGAAUCAAGACCUAUACCGAGCAAAAGUAUCCAGCAUCAUAGCCAGUUAUAUUCACAAAAAUAGGGACAUAAUGUACCAAACAGACAGACCAUAUAGAAUUGCAAGGGAAUUUCUGAAAGCUAAUGAAAAUCUUAUCAUCCUUAAUAGCGACAAAGGAGCAGUCACUGUGGCCAUGGACAGAGAAGACUAUACUCAAAAAAUGUAUACAAUAAUAAAUUCAGAAAGUUUCAAACAAAUACCGAGAGAUCCUACAACCACAUUGCAAAACAAAUGCAAUGACUAUAAUGAAUUCUAUGUGCAAACAUUUGGCUGCGCCAUGGGAUCGAAGCUUAGCCCGAUCUUGUCACAAUAUGUAAUGGACCAUCUACUGGAUGUAUGUAUACCGUUGCUGUCAUUCAAUCUCAUUUUCCUGAAGAAAUUUGUUGACGACCUAAUCCUUGCACUGCCUCACACAGGCAUAGAUGAAAUACAACAAAUUUUCAACAGCUAUGAUCCACACAUACAAUUUACAAUAGAGAGAGAAGAUGAAAAUAAAACAGUACCCUUUUUAGACACGAAGGUAUGUAGAAUAAAUAACAAAAUUAAACUAGACUGGUACAGAAAGAAUUCAGCAUCCAAUAAGUUCAUCAACUAUCAGUCAGAACAUCCAAUACAAGUAAAAAUAAAUUGUGUUAAAGAAAUGAAAGCCAGGAUCAAGAACAUUUGUCACCCAGAUUUGGUGGAUGCGAAUCUGAAGAAAUUAUACCGGAUAUUUCAAGAAAACUCUUAUCCGAGAGGAUUACUAAACAAAUUAUUGUACGAGUCAAAUAAUAAUCCAGAACAACCUAAACCUGAACCAAAACCACCUGAAGCAGCAGAAGGAGAUGAUAACAGAAUGCCAGAAAACACAAAAUAUGGUUCCCUGCCAAAUAUUAGAGAUUUGACUAGUAAGAUCAAAAAUUGUUUCAAGGAGGAAAAUAUAAAGAUAGCAACGUAUAAUACAAAAAGCAUUUCAAGAUUAUACAGCAGAAUAAAAGAUCAAACACCAACACUACUUAGGUCAAAUGUUGUCUAUAAGAUGAAUUGUGCGGAAUGUGAGUGCACAUAUAUUGGUCACACGUCCCAGUGGCUAAAAAGCAGAUUGGCCUUACACAAAAGUGACAUCACAAAAAACAACCAGCGAUGUGCUUUAACCAUACAUGCGGUAGAGAAAGGACAUAGGAUUGACUUCGACAGUGCAGAGAUAGUGGCAACUCAGAAAAAGUAUAACAAAAGACUCAUACUCGAGAUGAUAAACAUAAGGAACCAGAAAGACCCAAUAAAUAAAAAGACCGACGUACAGAAACUAAGUAAUGUAUAUACCUAUCUACUCACAUACCCUAACAUUAAAGAACGAAAAAAAAUUUUUAUGAUGGACCGUUGGAUGAAUAAGUCAGAGAAGAACAACAUUAUGACAGAAUAA